UCGCCGAGCACGCAGAUCGCUGCCACGUGAAAGAGGAUGAUUGUAGUUACCUUCGCUCUGGGCCUCAUAUUGGCCGGCCUGCUCUACGCGGCUAUGACCUGGAACUUCAACUACUGGCGAAAGCGGAAUGUGCCGGGUCCCAGGCCCAAGCUCCUCACCGGCAACUACCCCAACCUGUAUGCGAUGAAGAGGAACAUGAUCUACGACCUGAACGAUAUUUACCAGAAGUACAAAAGCAAGUAUGAUGCUGUGGGCAUCUUCAGCGGACGGGUUCCCCAACUGCUCGUGAUCAGCCCGGAACUGGCACGUCGAGUUUUCGUGUCGAACUUCAAAAACUUCCACGACAACGAGCUGUCCAGAUUGACCGACGAGAAAACCGACUUUAUCCUGUCCAACAAUCCGUUCUCGCUCACCGGGGAAAAGUGGAAGCAGCGGCGGGCUGAUAUUACUCCUGGUUUGACCAAUAGCCGAAUAAAGUCCGUCUACCCAGUGACGAACAAGGUGUGCCAGCAAAUGAGCGAGUGGGUGAAGAAGCAAAUUCGUUUGGGUGCAGUCGACGGCAUCAAUGCCAAGGAUUUGGGUCUCUGCUUCACUUCCGAAAUGGUCACCGACUGCGUGUUGGGCCUCAGUGCCGAGAGUUUCUCGGACAAACCGACUCCCAUCAUGGCCAACAUCAAGGACCUGUUUAACCCGCACUGGACCUUCAUGAUCCUUUUCGCCCUGGUCAACACCUUUCCCUCCCUAAGUCGCCUGAUCAAACUGCGCUUUGUACCGCACCAUGUGGAGCGUUUCUUUGUCGGGCUUAUGGGAACGGCGGUGCAGUCGCGAAAAUCCCAGCUGGCAACUGGCCAGUUCCAGCGCACCGACUUUCUGGACUACCUGAUGCAACUGGGCGAGAAGAGGAACCUGGAUACCCGCCACCUCCUGGCCCACACCAUGACCUUCCUUCUGGAUGGCUUCGAGACUGUAGCUGGCGUUCUGUCGCACAUGCUGCUGCUACUGGGCCGCGAUGAAGUGGUGCAACAGCGCCUGCGGGAGGAGAUCCAAGCCCAUCUCCAAGACGGUAUCGUACCCUACGACAAACUCGAUGAGCUGCCCUAUCUGGAUGCCUGCCUACACGAAUCGAUUCGUUUAUUCCCACCUGGCUUUAUGACUUCCAAACUCUGCACCGAAUCCGUGGAGCUGCCCAACAAAGACGGUCCCGAUUUUACCGUGGAAAAGGGUACUGUUGUUGUGAUUCCCCACUCCUGCCAUAUGAUGGACGAGGAGUACUUCCCCGAUCCGCAGACCUACAAUCCUGACCGCUUCAUGGAUCCCGAGGCCGCCAAGAGCUUUCGCGAACGAGGUGUCUACAUGGGAUUCGGAGAUGGUCCGCGUAUCUGCUUGGGUAUGCGCUUCGCCACAUCCCAAAUAAAGGCGGCCAUCGUGGAGCUGAUCAGCAAAUUCAAUGUCAAAGUCAAUCCAAAAACCCGCAAGGACAACUUGUACGACCCCACCCUGUUCCUAGCCAAUCUAAAUGGAGGUAUUUGGUUGGAUGUGGAGGUCCGGCAAUAAUUACGUUAAAAGGUUUUACCAGCUAUAAACUAUUUAUUGGGGGUACAUUAUCUCUAUAAGUGCCUUAUCUGGCCAGUUACUAUUACACAAGUGCUUUUUAAAGGUUCAUUACCAUAUAAUCAGCCAUUCUUAAACCAAAUAAAACAAAGUAUAACAACCAA